AAAGUGCACUUGGAGCAAAAGUUGACUUGAAGGCCGUGUUCGACUAGCUGCCUUCUAGAAGGGAAUUGUCUUGCGAGCUGAUAUGGCGGAAGGAUCACCUGAAGCGUUCAAGGAACCUGAUAUUACUGUCGACUCGAAGAAGCUAGCAGAGCUCAAUGAGCAGAAGGACGCGCUUCUUUCGAAGGUUGCCACGCUGAAGAAGGAGUUACAGGACUGGCGGACAAAGCUUGACACGCAAGUUAAAACGUACAGAGCGGAAGUGGGCGACCUGCGGAAGACGCUGAACACGGAGGUAGAAGGGCUUCGGGCAGAGUUUAUGGAAUUGAAAACUGCGCUCAAACAGCAGCUUGAGCUAACGGCCGGCCUGGCAGCUCAGGAGGUCAACGAUGCCGAGGCUCGCCUUGCGCACCUCCAGGCCCAGGACUAAAACAUUUCGGCGGACUAAGCCUUGGCAUGGUUGCACGGAGAUGGUGGGAGCCUUUCGGGGCGAUGGACGCAUGCUUAACACCGGAGCCUUAAUGGAUCUUUGGGACAUGGAAAAAGUAGCGGUUUUAUGGCGUUGCCGCACGCGCCGAAAUGCUAGGGAAUGACCCUUUUUGGUCCAUCCCCUCUCCAUUCGCAUGCUUGGACCCACGCCUAGCUUUAGUGGCAUGCUGCAACCCAUGUCUUCGUUCCUUGUGCGUGCGCGUAGGCAUGCGAAAUCCGGCAUGUCCGUAUGUUCCCAUCAAUGUGGGCCGUUCUGUUUCAUUUGCACG